AUGAGCUCAUCUCCUGAAAUUGGACCCUCUAAGAGCGUGUCCGACGACCAAGGGUCGCACAAUUCUAAUGUCAUGAACGCCCCAGCUCCAAAGCUGAACAGAGAGGAAAGUCAUGACGAGAUCGACGCCUUGAAGAAGGAUGCCGAGCAGCAGCUGGCCAGCAAAGGCUCUAGUGACUUCGUGUUCGUCAGUAUGUGCUGUCUCAUGGUUGCUUUCGGUGGUUUCGUCUUCGGCUGGGAUACCGGUACCAUUUCCGGUUUCGUUCAGCAGACCGACUUCUUGCGCAGAUUCGGCCAAAAGCACAGCGAUGGUACCCACUACUUGUCUAACGUCAGAACUGGUUUGAUUGUCGCUAUUUUCAACAUCGGUUGUGCUAUCGGUGGUAUUGUCCUGGGUAAGCUUGGUGAGGUCUACGGCCGUCGUCUAGGUUUGACCAUUGUCGUUAUUAUUUACUCCGUCGGUAUUAUCAUCCAAAUCGCUUCUAUUGACAAAUGGUACCAGUACUUUAUCGGCAGAAUUAUCUCCGGUCUAGGUGUUGGUGCCAUCACCAUUCUAUCUCCUAUGUUGAUUUCCGAGGUCUCUCCUAAGCACUUGAGAGGUACUUUGGUGUCUUGCUACCAAUUUAUGGUUACAGGUGGUAUUUUCUUGGGUUACUGUACUAACUACGGUACUAAGAGAUACAGCAACUCUGUCCAAUGGAGAGUUCCUUUGGGUUUGUGUUUCGCCUGGGCUUUGUUCAUGAUUGGCGGUAUGGUUUUUGUGCCAGAAUCCCCACGUUUCUUGGUUGAAGCCGGUAGACUCGAGGAAGCCAGACGCUCUUUGGCUCGUGUCAACAAGGCUAGCUUGGAGGACGCUGUCGUCACCUUGGAAUUGGAGAACAUUGAAGCAAGUGUCGAGGCCGAGAAAAUGGCUGGCAAGGCUUCUUGGGCCGAACUUAUCACCGGUAAGCCUCAAAUGUUCAAGCGUACAUUGAACGGUAUUAUUAUCAUGUCCUUGCAGCAAUUGACUGGUGACAACUACUUCUUCUACUACGGUACUACUAUUUUCAAGGCUGUCGGUAUGACUGACUCUUUCGAAACUGCUAUUGUCUUUGGUGUCGUGAACUUCUUCUGUACCUCGCUGUCUUUGUACACUGUCGACAGAUUCGGUCGUCGUAACUGUCUGAUCUACGGUGCUAUUGGUAUGGUUGCUUGUUACGUUGUCUACGCUUCUGUCGGUGUCACUAGACUUUACCCAGAAGGCGCUAACCACCCUGAUAUCUCCUCCAAGGGUGCUGGUAACUGUUUGAUUGUCUUCGCAUGUUUCUACAUCUUCUGUUUCGCCACCACCUGGGCCCCUAUCGCUUACGUCUUGAUCUCUGAGACUUACCCUCUGAGAGUUAAGGGUAAGGCCAUGUCUAUUGCCUCCGCGUGCAACUGGAUCUGGGGUUUCUUGAUCGCUUUCUUCACUCCAUUCAUCACCUCUGCCAUCAACUUCUACUACGGUUACGUUUUCAUGGGGUGCAUGGUUUUCGCCAUCUUCUACGUUUUCUUCUUCAUCCCAGAGACCAAGGGUCUGACUUUGGAAGAAGUCAACGACAUGUACGCCGAGGGUGUUUUGCCAUGGAAGUCUGCUUCUUGGGUCCCAGCCUCUAGAAGAGGCGCCGAUUACAACGCCGACGACUUGAUGCAUGACGACAAGCCAUGGUACAAGAGAUUUUUCUAA